AUGCGCACGUGUCGUGAAUGCGGAGACGACGCAAUAUGCACUCUGGCCCGUGCACGUGGGGCAUUUCACGGCCGGCGAUCAGCGAAAUCCGCGCUGUACGAAAUUGGACCCGGUGUCGACGACCCCCCCGAAUCCGCGCCAGAUGCGAAGCGGCGUCCAUUUGAUCUCAGUACCGAUCGCGGCGCAUCCGACCGUCGUAAUGUCGCCGACUGCGACAGAGCCCCGCCCGCGGCCAUCACCAUUAUCGACGCAUGCCAACGGCCCGAUUAUAUCGUAAUACCGAUUAGAAUUUAUAAUGAUUCGCGAGUAGACGGUCCCGCGCUCUCGUCGCGCGGGAUUACUGUCGUCGCGAGCUCUCUGCCGAUUUCCAUUUAUAUUUCUCGUGGGCCAAUGGAGCUGCACGUCAAGGUGAAGGUCGGUCGUUCGGUUGCCGGAGCGUGGCGGUCACCACCGCGUGGUCACCACGUCCCACCGUCCGAACAGGAAGCGACGGAUUUCGGUGCGGUCGGUGCUAUUGCA